AUGGCAGGUGUCAUGGCGGAAAGUAGCAGCAGUAGCAUUGAUAUUACAGCGGGCGGCAGGGCUUUACGCGCGGCAGGCGAGAUUGACAUCGCCUUGUUGGAGCUCCAGCGACAUCUGGACGAGGAGGUUGCCAAGGCCACGCCGGCGGCGCCGGCGCUCGCGACAGCGGCAGGCGAGACGGGCGAAGCCCCUGCGCAAGCCACGGAGGUGAUCAAGGGAGACCCACUGCUGCAUGCUCUCCUCCGGUGCAGCCGCCAGCUCACCAAGCUGAGACAUUCGCUGCUCGCACAGGUGGACGGGACCCAGGGGUCGUUGCAGCGCAGGGGGCGGCCCGUAGCGGUCACGAAUGAAGGGCGGAAGGCGCAGUCCACUCUUCUGCACGCGCAGCAAAUCGCCGACGACAUGUAUCACGGAUCGCUGGCACAGCUGAACGACCCCUUUAGCGCCGAGACCGGUUACCACUCCAAGGUGCUCGACACGGUCCAGUCCUGCGACAGAGCCAACGCGGUGACGGCGUCGGCCCUAACUUUAGUCAUCAGCGCGCUCUCGGGGUUCCCGCCGCACUCCUCCGCGCUCGUGACAAGCGGUAGCGGGGGCGCCGCCGAUGUCGCCGGUGCUGCCGGUGAUGGUGACAGUGGGGGCCCCGCGGAAUCACGAACGGAGGGACAGCCGUCUUCCCUGGAGGCGACCCCGCUCGGAAAUAGUAGUCCCGAACGAAUCGAAACACGCGAUGCCGGGAGGCCAGUAGCCGCGGCGGCGGCAGCGGAAGUGGAAGCGGCAGCGGCAGCGCGAGCGGGAGCGAGAGCGAGAGCGAGAGCGGGAGAGGGAACGGGAGCGGGAGCAACAACGGGAGGAGAGGGAGGAGCCGCCGGCAGCGCGGGGAGUGGGUACAAGAAUAAUAGCGGCGGGGGCGUGUACCGCAACCAGGGUAUCCCUCGGGGCAGCAGCGGGUCCGUGAGAAGCUGCCGUUCCCAAGCGGCGGCGGCGGCGGGCGUCGGAGGGCUGUGGCGGGCGGGCCGGAACACCGGAGUGGAGCGGGGGACGCGGGUUGGUGGGGCGCAAUCGGCGGCGGUGGCGGCGUGGGGUGCGGCUCCGCCGAAGGCCACCGCUACGGAGAUGGCGGUGUCGCUGGGGCUAGCCCCGGUGACUCGGGGCGAUGUUGCUGCGGCAGCGGAAGACAGGAAGCGGAGGGCUGCGUCGUUGUUGCGAGUGGCGAUGUCGGGUUCUAGAGCCGGGGGGGCAGAGGGUGUCGAAGGCUACGGCAAAGCGGGCGGAGGAGAGGCGAGCGCGGCAUCUUCUGCCGCAGGGCGGCAGGACGCGGCGAUCUUUCAGUUCGAAAGCGGGAAGCCUUCGCCGGUGGAGCGGCAACGGCGGCGGCAGCAGCAAACCGCGACUUCGAGCGUGGAGGCUAUGAGGCGCGAGAGGCCGCCGACAUCAGCGGCGUGGCUUGAUGGUGCAUCCAGCGGCGACUGGCUGACGAACAGAUCGGGGGAAGGCGCAAGCAGCCACGCAGCUGCGCAGGAAGCAGCAGGCGCGUCGGGGAAGCCCUCGACCACGGCACGUGGGGCGGUAGCGGCGGCGGCGGCGGCUUCCAGCAGGCGGAUUGCAAGCGGCCAUCGGUCCCCGUCCGGCAGCUUGGUCUCCGCCCGCCUCGCGAGCCCCGAGCACCUCCGCUCCGCGGGACGGACGGCGCUAGACGUACGACGCCGGCUCGUGGCGGCGGGCUCGGGCUCGGGCUCGAGCGAAGAGCGCCGGAGGUCCUCGGCGGCGGCGGCGGUUCGCAACAGGGGCGGCCCGUCAGACGCCGACGAGGAGCAGCUGGUCAACGCUGUCUUCGACGAGGCCAGUUAUCGCGCAAUCCUCGACAACGUGCCCGCCGCGAACGGAUCCUGCCCCCUCGACGAGGAGCGGCUGGCGAACGCGCUCUUCGACGAGGCCAGCUAUCGUGCUAUCCUUGGUGAGAGGCCCACCCUGACCGGGUCCCGGUCCCCGCCUAGUAGCCUCAGCGCCCCUCGCGCCGUGGCCCGAAGGCGAGGCAUGAUCGGCGUCAUGCCUCCCGCUGGGCCCGGGAGGGGCGGACGAGGGCCGGGUCGGUGGGACUCCCCCUCUACGCCACUGGUUAACGAUGGACGAUCUCAGGGGGACAGCCGGCUGCUGUCGUCGGCGUCAUCGCAGGUCUUGCGGCCGAGAGAGGCGAGCGCGGCGGCGGCGGCGGCGGCGGCGGAACCGCCCCAGGGCAUUGACGAGGACGAGGUGGGACAAGCGAAGGGCGUGUGUGUUGCAUGCUUGCGCGGUGGUGUAGUUUGCGCCGCCGCGCGACGAAUCGCGAAGCAGGAGCAGGAGGCCCAGGCCAGGGAGGACGAACUCCUAGCUCUGCGCCUGGCCGCCCGAGAGGAGGCCGGAGCUGAGAGGCGAGCGUCCCGCCGCCGCGUGCAACGCCGCAGCAGCGCCUCCUCCGCGCGGAGGAACGCCGCCGCGGGGUACAUCAGCCCCGACAGCAACCACCCGGCGGUAGCGUCGGCGGCGGGGGGCGACCGCGGCGGCGGCGCCGAAGGCGCCGCCGCUGUCAGCGACGCCAUCCGCGCUCUGCAGUUCCAGGACAUCGACGAGAACGACUUCGAGACGCUGCUGGCUUUGGACGAGGCGGGCGGGGAAGGGGGAAGGUGUUGCGCCGGGGGUAAGGGUCUCGCGGAGGAGGCGAUGGAGGCGGCGCUGCAGGCCGGGACGGCGGCCGGGGCAAGGCUGGAGGAGAGCUGCGCGGUCUGCAUGGAGGAGUUCGGGCUCGGCGACGAGAUCUCUGUGCUCCCCUGCCUCCACGCCUUCCACGGUGCGUGCAUCCGCAAGUGGUUGCUUAUGCGCAACCGUUGCCCCACAUGUCUUAAAGCGGUAAUACCAGACAGUCCACAAUAGAAUGACUGUGUACACGUGAUGAAACCUAAGAGUGUGUUGUAGUGUCAGGCCGUGUCAUUUUGCGUGCUUUUUGUCGACUACCAUAGCUCUGUUGUUUGCGGUAUUUUUUUGGUUGUUAUUAUUUUGCUCGUCGCCUACACGCACAAGAGCGAGCGGCGCGGUGGGGUGGGGUGUGUUUCGGGCGUGCUGUCUUCGCACGCUUCCUUGCGGGGGUCUUCGGGCGGGAAGGGAUGGGGGGUUGGGUAUGUUGAUUGUAUUCUGUUGGCCAGUUUACCCGCGCAUACAUUUGCGGGGCUGCACGGAGAGCUGGAAAAUUUCGACAAGUGAGGCCGUGUUGGCCUUACCUGGAACGAAGGUUGGCCCCGAGUGCUGGCGUAGGUUUUGGUGUCUUUAUAUCUGUCCGACUGGGUCCGAUUUGGUACUCUUGGAACGUCCGGCGCACACGCUCACAAGGUUCGAGGUCCGUCGGGAAACAAGGGCCUCGCAAGUUUGCGGGUUGUCGACAAUGUCGCGCGUUCNGG